AUGCUGCCCCUUUGCAACAAUAUAAUUAAUAUCUCCUGUGUGAAAAGCAACUGGUCAAGCCAUGUUCGUGCUUCAUUGUACAGCUUAAUGGUACUGAUAAUUCUGAUCACUCUGGUUGGCAAUCUGAUAGUCAUUAUUUCCAUACCACAUUUCAAGCAACUUCACACCCCCACUAAUUGGCUCAUUCAUUCCAUGGCCAUUGUGGACUUCCUGCUGGGGUGCCUGGUGAUGCCUUAUAGCAUGGUGAGGUCAGUUGAGCACUGCUGGUAUUUUGGAGAGUUCUUCUGUAAAAUUCACACUAGCACUGACAUUAUGCUGAGUUCAGCCUCCAUUUUUCACUUGUCCUUCAUUUCCAUUGACCGCUACUAUGCAGUGUGUGAUCCAUUGAGAUACAAAGCCAGGAUCAAUAUCUUGGUAAUUCUUGUGAUGAUCUUCAUUAGUUGGAGCAUUCCUGCUAUUUUUGCAUUUGGAAUGAUCUUUCUGGAGCUAAACUUCAAAGGAAUUGAAGAGAUAUAUUAUAAACAUUUUCACUGCACAGGGGGCUGUUCGAUUGUCUUUAGCAAAACAUCUGGGGUAUUGGCCUUUCUGACUUCUUUCUAUAUACCUGGGUCUGUUAUGUUGUGUGUCUACUACAGAAUAUAUUUCAUAGCUAAAGGGCAAGCAAGAUCAAUUAAUCAUACAAAUCAGAAGCUUCACUUUGGAUUAGAAGAGAAAAAUGGAAUUUCACAAAACAAAAAAAGAAAAGCUGCGAAGACUUUAGGGAUCAUGAUGGGUGUUUUCCUGAUAUGCUGGAGCCCUUUCUUUGUGUGCACAGUCAUGGAUCCUUUCCUGAACUACACAAUUCUACCUCCUUUGAAUGAUGCAUUCAUUUGGUUUGGCUACUUGAACUCUACUUUUAAUCCAAUGGUUUAUGCAUUUUUCUAUCCCUGGUUCAGAAGAGCAUUGAAGACAAUUGUACUUGGUAAAAUUUUUCAAAGAGAUUCAUUUAGGUGUAAGUUAUUUUUAGAAUUAAAUCCACAAUAA